UCCAUAAUAAUCAUUUAAAAUAGAAUAGAUCCCUAAUAAGCUUCUAUCUGCUGACAUCAAAAUUAAAGUGAAAAAGGAAAUGAGGGAAGACGACGCCAGCGGACCUCCAAAUAGAGAACUAUACGCACUGUUACACCUAUCGCCGGACGCCUCCGAUGAAGAAAUCCGAAGAGCUUAUCGGCAAUGGGCUCAAGUUUAUCACCCUGAUAAAUACCAAGCUCCUCAUAUGAAGGAAAUUGCUACGGAGAAUUUCCAAAGGAUAUGUGAAGCAUAUGAAAUAUUAUCUGAUGAAAACAAGAGGCAAAUAUACGAUAUUUAUGGUAUGGAAGGUUUAAAUUCCGGAUUAGAGCUUGGCCCGAAGUUGAAUAAAGUGGAAGAGAUAAAAGAACAGCUCGAGAAGUUAAGACGCAUGAAGGAACAACAAAAGAUGUCCCAUUUUCUACCUUCGGGUACAAUUGUUGCUAAUUUGUCUCUGCCUCAGUAUCUAGACGGUGAUGGCAUUAUGGGAGGAAUGGCUAUGACUAGUGAAGUUCAGUCUCAGUUAUCAAAACGGAAUACUAUUUCAAUUGGUGGAAAUUUGGGAGUCAAAGAAAAUUCCGGUGGUGGGGUUGCCUCGGGUGUAUUUAGGCAUCAGAUUUCUUCAGAUUCUUCCGUAGAGCUUAUAGGAUCACUUGGCUUACGUAGUCUUAUAGGUGUGCAGACAACACGUCAGUUAUCAUUACACUCAACCGCUACAAUGGCAAUUGCAAAGUCUUUACAUGAUGGCUCGAUUAAUCUUUCAAAUUCCUGGACUCGGCAACUCUCUAAUACAGCAAGUGGAAAUAUAGAACUUGUUCUAGGUCCAGAAUCAUCUAUUGGGGUUGGAUGGAAAAUGAAAGACGAAAAUAUGUCUGCUGGUGGAGAUGUGAAGUUUGGCACACAUUCUUUUGGGGUCUCUGCUCGUUAUACCCGUCGUUUUUCCUCAAAAUCUCAAGGUCGUAUUGUAGGCAGAUUUGGAAGCACUGCUCUUGAGGUUGAAGUUGGUGGUGGGAGGAAAGUGUCAGAUUUUAGUACUGUUCACAUGCUUUAUACAAUUGGAAUUCGGGGUAUCUUUUGGAGAUUUGAAUUGCACCGUGGAAGCCAAAAGUUAAUUAUUCCUGUUUUGCUUUCCAGUCAUUUUAAUUAUGCAUUAGCUACCGGUGCUUUCAUAGUUCCAACAUCAAUUUACUUUAUACUCAAGAAAUAUUUUUUUAAACCAUAUUACCUUAAGAGGGAAAAGCAGAAGACCUUAGAGAAUAUGGAAAGGACUGCCAGCGAGGUACGAGAGGCUAGGAAAACAGCCUCAAAAGCUCAGCAGUUGUUGGAGAAUGUGGCCAACAGGAAAAGAAAUAAGCAACAGGAAACAGGUGGACUAGUCAUUAAUAAGGCAAUUUAUGGAAGUCGUAAAGCUUUAAAGAAAGGGGAUGAACUCACGGAAACAGACGAUGAAUUAGCCUUGCAAGUGUUGGAUGUAACAUUACCUCUUAAUUUCCUCGUUAACGAUUCAGGGCAGCUUAAGCUUCAUGGUGGAAUAAAGAAGUCGGGCAUUAUGGGCUUCUGCGACCCUUGCCCUGGGGAACCUAAGCAAUUACAUGUUGAGUACACUUACCAUGGCAAGAGAUAUGAGGUUGUUGUGGAUGAUUAUGAGGAAUUGCAAAUACCCUAGUUGGCACACACAAUCUGAAAUCACAAAACUUUCACUUGAUUACCGUGUUGACCUCUAGAAAUUUUUUGCAUACCAGAAGUUUGAAUCUUAGAAAUUUAUAUCCAAUCUUUGAGAAACCGAAUAAGAGCAUUACAGGGAUAUAGUUAAUUUGGUGUAAUUUUGUGAUUGAUGAAUAAACUCCAUAUGUUGUGUAAGUUAAAGAUCUGGGAGAUUCCUCUGUUUUGGUGUAAUCACAAUAAGAGAAGGGUUUGUGGA